AUGAGUGCCGCAAACCUCGUCUCAUGGGGCACUCCGCGCCUCGCCCAACUCCUCCCGCUGGACGAAGAAAGUCUUGGAGAGAUCAUCACGUACUCCGCUACACUCUCGAAAGAAGAAUGCGCAGAACAUCUUAAGAACCUCUUGGGCGAUUCCCCCGGAGCUUUCGAAUUCAUCGCAUCUUUCAACUCACGCCGCGAAGCCCAACAACCAUCACCACCACGAAGCGGGGAAUCCACGCCGGCGGCAGGAAGCAGGAACAACUACGAUAAAGGCGGCACAACGAAGAAAGGUGGUAAAAAGGGACGGGCACCGCUGCACAGCGCAGGUCCUCCGCGCAGGCCAGAAAAUUAUGGUGAUGUGACUGGGGGGUAUAGGAAGGCUGAGAAGGAUGAGGACUACAUGUCCAUGGCACGUUCGCAGAAUAACAACGCAGGUGGUGAUGCGGCGUCAUCAUUGUCCGCUGAGCCAGCAGCACUCCUACGUCCGUCGCCUCGUGAAUCCGCUGCUUCGUUGCGUAACCCGUCCCCCGCUCCGAAGAACAAAGCUCCGCCCUCUGCCUCCGGACCGGUCAUCUCAGAGCUCCUCCCUAACGUCAAGUCCAAGUCCGCUAAGCCCUCUUCCUCUCGACAAGGUGGCUCUGCUGCCGCGGGCUCUUUCAAGAACUCAUUGACUACAAACGACAUCUCUGAUCUUACGGCUGCUAUUGCCGCCUUGGAGGUCUCCACCAACCCGACUUUGAGUGCAGAGCGAAGGAAAUGCACAUGCUAUGCCUCGAUACAUCCAUUGUUUGAUCCGGCACCGAACUGCCUUAGCUGCGGGAAGAUAAUUUGUUCGUUGGAAGGUCUGCAGCCAUGCUCGUUUUGCGGAACACCACUGCUGUCGAACGAUGAAGUACAAAGCAUGAUCAAGGAACUACGAGCAGAACGGGGACAAGAGAAGAUGCGGGUGCAUAAUGAAGGGGUACAGCGGGAAGGUGGAUCAAGGCCUGCACCUGGGUCUGGUGGCUCUUCUAGUCAGCUUGACGCAGCCAAGGCGCAUCGAGACCGACUCUUGAACUUCCAAGCACAGAAUGCCCGUCGAACGCGCGUCGUGGACGAGGCGGCCGAUUUCGAGACACCCAAUUUAGCGUCAACGAUCUGGAUGAGUCCUGCACAGCGGGCACUAGCAUUGAAGAAGCAGCAACGGGUCUUACGCGAGAUGGAAGAGAAAGCACGGCCAGAAUGGGAGAAGAGGAAAACCAUCAUGAGUCUAGACAUCAAAGGCGGCCGAGUGAGGAAGGUUUACCAUGAGGCACCAGCCGAGUCUGGCCCCUCGAAAGAGGAACAAGAAGAAGAAGAGAAAGCGGAGGAGAUUUUAGCUGCUGCUGAUGGGCAGCAACGAACUGGAGGCGAUGCAUUCAGUCAUAACCCUCUUAUUGCAGCAGGUGGGUUGCUACGGCCUGUCUGGAAGGGUAGCUCUGGGGAUAAACCCGAGGCGCGUAACGAGAGAAAGCCACAGACAUGGCGGCGUGUGCAGGAUGACAAAGAUGACAACGAACAAUGGAUUCUUGAUGGGGGCUUGCAUGGACAUACGACUGAUCUCUCGCCGGUACAUUGUCAAUACUCAUAUGGAUGA